GCAAAUUAUGCGAAACGCGUAGGUAAGAUAAAAAUAAGAAGAAAAGAAGUACAUUAUUAACCUAAAACAGCAGUUUGUUAUAAAAAUAGUUAUUAAAAUGGUACGUAAACUCAAAUUUCAUGAACAAAAACUUCUCAAAAAAGUAGAUUUCAUAUCAUGGAAAGUCGACAACAAUCUUCACGAAGUUAAAAUAAUGAAAAAGUAUUAUAUUCAGAAAAGAGAGGACUAUACAAAGUACAAUAAAUUAUCAAGAGAAAUCAGAGAUUUGGCUAAUAAAAUCAAAGAUUUGGAUGUUAUCAACGAAUUUAGAAAUGAAAGUAGUGGCCAGUUAUUAGAAAAAUUGUAUCAAAUGGGCUUAAUACCUACUCGCUGGGACUUGGCUCUUGCAGCGAGUGUAUCGGCUAGUGCUUUUUGCAGACGUCGAUUACCUGUUGUGAUGGUUCGAAAUAAAAUGUCUGAAAAUUUAAAAGAGGCUACAAAAUAUAUUGAGCAGGGUCAUGUUAGAGUGGGGCCAGAAGUAGUAAAAGAUCCUGCAUUUUUAGUCACCAGAUCAUUAGAAGAUUUUGUUACUUGGGUAGAUGGUUCAGCUAUCAAAAGACAUGUCAUGGAAUAUAAUGAUAUGAGAGAUGACUUUGAGAUGAUAUAGUUUAAGAUACCUCUAGUGAUACAAUAUGUAAAUAACAAAGAUAAGAAAUUAAGCAAAUUGUUCAUAUAGGUUAAGGAUUUGCGUUUCUACUGUUUGUGUUAAAUAAAAGUUACUAAAUGGUUAUAAUAACUUUAUUUUUUCAUUUAAUAGAUUUAAUUUAAUUUAAACCUAUUCUAUUAAGUCUUGUCUUAUAAAAGCUAUAUUAUUUCAAUUAUAUAUAAAACAUCAUCUAAAUAAAUUUAUUUGAUACAUUAAAUAUAUUUAGAAUAUUUUGCAUAAAAUAAUAUUGAAUAAAUAUUUAUAUCAUUGACACUGGAACCUACUUCUGCAGGUGGUUAUCUGUAGUGAUAUAUCUCGUAGAUGUCUAACUCAUAUUGAUAAUCCUGGCAAUGAUACAGUGGAGGACACAGAUCCAAGAUCCUGCACUUGACUGCGACUUUCUAUAAUAGCAGCUAUCCGAGCAAUCGCUGCUGAUUGAGACACAGCAGCCUCAGCAAGUUUUCUCAUUGCCUCUGCUUGUAGCAGUGCUGCUUCUGCACUUUUAACAGAUGCACUAGCACGCUUGUCCUCUGCUUUUGCACGGAGGAGUUCAGCUUCUGCACGCCUUUUUUCUACCUCAAUCAGCCAUUUUGGGUAUAAGUCUAAAACAUCAAUCAAACAACUGGUCAACAGUGUAUAUGAAUAGUGAAUACUUUGUAUUAAUAAUCUUAUUCUGCAGUGGUAUAGCUAGAUUGGUAGAAAUGUUGAAUUCAAGAAAGAAUUUUCUUGGCCCUAAAUAAAAGAGGUUCCUGCAAUUCCACACUUGAUGCUUAUUUAGUAGGUGAAGAGAAUGGCAUAAGUCCAAUCAUUCUGUUCCAACCAAAAAGUGUUUUACAUUAUAGUAUCAUUAGAAAAUUAUAAGUCCAUUUUUUUCUAGUAUUUAUUUACCCAUCAAACAAACAUAUUCUCUCUCAGCUAUUUUCUCGUAAUUAAAUUCCAUUAUACUCACUGUGAAUAAGAGGAUCAUUUGAAUUAAAGUCAUUAUCAUCUUGGCAAUCACCUUCACUGGAUUCUGCACUUUCAGUGCUGUCCCCUUCAACACCUGAAAUAUUAUAUAAAAUUUAUAAAAACAAACUGAUUUAAUUUCCAUAUAAUGAGAAUAUAAAAGCACUUUCAUAAUAACAGUACAUAAAAAAAGAUCAGCAAACCUGAUAACCUGUCAUGGGCAUCCACUUGUGAAUUUGAAAAGUCAUUACUCUCCUGAUAUGUUUCCAAUUUAACUUCUGGUGGUAUAACAUCCUGAAAGAAAUGAAAAUCAUACUACAACCUAUAGAACAAUGUUUAACUAUAAUGUUUAAAGAUAAAACUACUUACUGAAAGUGGGUUUUGAUACGUUUCAGAGUUAAAUAGCUUCUUCUCAAAGUAUGGACCUAAUAUAACAAGAGAUCUCUUCUCUAGUUUAGUUAGGGGACGGACUGUUUUCUUUAAUGGAGCUCCACGUUUUUGUCUUUUUAUUAAUUUUGCCUUGUUCUUUAAUUUAUUUUUGAAGUCACUCCAAUACUGAAAUAAAAAUAAGCAUACAAACAACUUGAAAUGGGUUAUUAAGUUUUAGAUUUAAGUUUAAUCAUUCACCUUACUCCAUCCAUCUGCAGAUUUCUUUGUUCCACCUCUACAGUCAUUUAGGAUCUUGGUCAGUUCUCCCCAUAGCCUCUUGGAGGUCUGACGGGCCUCCAAAUUUCGCAGGCUGCCUGUAGCAAACUCUAUGUUUUGUCCCAUAAAAUCUAUCAUAGCCUUUACUUGCUCAUACGCAACAUGUCGCGAACUUUUGCUUCCAGUCAUGUUGUUAAAUUUAGGCGUUUAUUUU